UAGCUGGGUGGGUGAUUCAUUCUCUGAUCACGAGAAGAACAGAGAAAGAGAGAGAAAGUGUGUGUUUGUGUUUGUGUUUGUGUUAUGAACUUGUGACUUUGUGUUUGAGUUGUGUUGUGUUUCUCUGUCUAUACAACUCAAAAGCACAUUAGAGGGAACAAAACAAAGGAUCAAAACACAUUUUGAUUGAGAAAGAAAAUGCAACAACAACAAGAACAAGGUCUCAUCGUGACGCCACGUGGCAUGGUUGGAGUGGAAAGGUGGUUUUGGGGUUCAACAGCAACAGCAACAGCAACAACAUCAACUCUCUCUCUCCUGCCAUGUCAGAGUGUAACCCCGUCCUAUGACCCCCGGCGAAUCCGUAUUUCAUUUGUGUGUGUGUGUCUUUCUCUCUCUACAAAGACAACAACAACAACAACAUCAACAAACAACAACAACAGCUAUCUAUCUAUCUCUUUUUCUCUCUCUAUAGUAUUUAUUCAUUUUCGUGUUGUGUUGUGUCCCUCUUUCUCUCUCUAUUUCCUCGUAUCUCUCAUCUCCUUGCAUCCAUGCCCUAAUACACCCACCCCCCUUUUUGCCACACCCACUUCAUACUUUCAAUCUUGCAAUCUCAUGCAACCCCUGUUGCUGUUUGAUCCGCCACCAAGAUUGGACUCAUAUUUGAAUUAUGAAGGAAAACAAAUCAUCAGCACCUAAACUGCUUAACGGGAACUGGGUUACAAAGCGCAAGCGGAGGAAGCUUCCUGUAGGACCGGAUCAACCCUCUGGUAAAGAGCAAUCCAAUGUUAAAGAAGACAAUUCAGUAACAUCUGAAUCUUCUAGGAAUGCUUCAACUAAACGUAUGAUAAAGACUGAUGUAGCUACUAAGCAUCAAUUUUCAUCUAAGAAGAGAGGAAAUGAUGGGUAUUUCUUUGAAUGCGUGGUUUGUGAUAAUGGUGGGGACUUAUUGUGCUGUGAUAGCUGUCCUCGCACUUAUCAUUUAAAGUGCCUUAACCCUCCUCUUAAGCGCAUCCCCACGGGAAAGUGGCAGUGUCCAAGCUGCGUUGAAGGAAAUGAUCAACUAGCACCCAAAAACCAUUUGGAUUCAUUUUCGAAGCGAGCAAGGACUAAGAUUGUCACUGGAAAAUCAAAAGGUGGAGAUAACUCGCUUAAUUUAGAAAAAGUUUCUGCAAUUUUUGGAAGCAAACUUAUUUCCAAGAAAAGGUCCUCCACCAAAGGAAAAUCUCUUUCGUCUAUGGGAGUAAACUCAGUAAAGUUCUUUGGGAAAAAACCAAUACCUUCCCAAGUAGAUGCAACUUGUAGCGACAAGCCUGUUGACCCUUCUCUUGGGAGUUGCGUGGAAGGAGAUGCUGAUGAAAAGAUAUCAAACUUGUCUCCAUCAGUCUCUCCUAAGGACAGGAAGUCAACUUCACCAGCCAAGGAAGAUUCAUCUUCGUCCAAAUUUAAUAAUUUAGAAGCAAAUGAUGAACAGCUAGAGGGGAAGACUGAUUUAUCAUGCAACAAAAUUCCUUUAAGAAAAACACUUGUGCUUGCUAUUGCUGCUGGUGGAGAGGAAGUGAAAAAAAGGAAGCACAAAGUUGUUGAUGACAAUGCUGUUCAAAAGAAGCGGAGGACUGAAAAGGGGAAAAAAAUUGUUAAUACCUCUAUAAAGUCCAAGUCAGGAAACAGUAAAGUACAGAAGAAGAAGUCUAUGGCACAUACCAUUUCCACAUCCGUAUUAAAAAAGGAUGUUGGAAACAAGAAUUCUGAUGCGCAGCAGAAAGAUGAGAAGUUGUCUCAGGUAAUGAAAGACACAUCAAAUGAGCUUGAUAGAGCAGGAAGUAAUGUGGAUAAAUCUGAGAUGCGUGAAGACAUUGCAAUUGUUGAAGGUCUGCAGGUUGAUCGGGUUCUAGGAUGUCGAAUUCAAGGUGAGAACAUGGACUCACUACGACACUUAUCUUUGAACAUUGUAGAUGACUCACCUUCUGGCGAUCAGCUAAUAUCGGAAAACCAGACCAGACAGCUAGAGGAUAAUUCUCCUUGUGAUAAUGAUUUGGAUGUUGAAUCAACUGAAAAUCUUGUUGAUGGUCCUCAAAAUGUUAAGAGUUCUGAUAAAGAAGUUGAAUUGAAAAACACUGACGGAGUGGAAAGAAUUCAUGUGUACAGAAGAUCAAUAACAAAGGAAAGCAAGAAAGGAAACCGUGUAGAUUCGUUGAGUAAAACCACCGAUGGUAUAGGUUCCUCUCCUGGGAAUGGUAAAGAUCAGGAUGAUACCACUGUAUCUGCUGAACCGUUGGAAAAGCCAAAUGACAAGAUGGACACAGAGGAGAGUAUCGAUGUCACUUUAAGAAGCGAGAGGAGCAGUGAGCUUCCAAAAAAUUGUGAAAUACAUGUCUCUCUUGAAACAAAACAAAAGGAACUGGAUGUGGAGAAGGGAAUGAGUAGUAGUGUUCAUAAUAAAGUUCAGGAUGCUAAUGUGGUUGAAUCUGCAUGUCCAAAUGAAGAGAAAAUUUCCUUUGAGUUUUUAGUUAAGUGGGUAGGAAAAUCUCAUAUUCACAACAGUUGGAUUUCUGAAUCCCAUUUAAAAGCUCUUGCGAAGAGAAAACUUGAAAAUUACAAGGCAAAGUAUGGGAUGGCGAUAAUAAAUAUUUGUGAGGAGCGUUGGAAGCAUCCUCAGCGGUUGCUCGCUCUUCGUCCUUCCCAACAUGGAAGAUCUGAGGCAUUUGUGAAAUGGACUGGAUUACCUUAUGAUGAAUGUACUUGGGAAAAAAUAGAUGAACCUGUGCUUCAAAAUUCUUCUCAUUUGAUUACAAUUUUUAAGAAGCUUGAAGCCCUCACGGUGGAAAAGGAUGCAUCAAAGGAAAAUUCUAGAAAACACAAUGACCGUCAAAAUGAUAUAUGUAAUCUUACAGAGCAACCUAAGGAACUAAAAGGUGGUGCUUUGUUUCCCCAUCAGCUUGAGGCUCUGAACUGGUUGCGGAAAUGCUGGUAUAGGUCCAAAAAUGUGAUACUUGCUGAUGAGAUGGGGCUUGGGAAAACAGUAUCUGCUUGUGCUUUUCUUUCAUCAUUGUAUUUUGAAUUCAAAGUUUCACUUCCUUGCUUGGUCCUGGUACCUCUUUCAACAAUGCCUAAUUGGCUUUCUGAAUUUUCACUAUGGGCUCCAGAUGUGAAUGUUGUAGAAUAUCAUGGCAGUGCAAAAGCAAGAGCUAUAAUUCGCCAGUAUGAAUGGCAUGCAAAUGGACCAAGCGGAUUGAAUAAGAAAACAGAAGCCUAUAAAUUUAAUGUGCUCUUAACUACUUAUGAAAUGGUUCUUGCCGACUCUUCUCAUUUGCGGGGAGUUCCUUGGGAAGUUCUUAUUGUUGAUGAGGGCCAUCGACUGAAGAAUUCAGGUAGUAAGCUUUUCAGUUUGCUAAAUACAUUCUCUUUUCAACACCGUGUUCUGUUGACUGGUACCCCUCUCCAGAACAACCUUGGUGAGAUGUACAACUUGCUAAAUUUCUUACAGCCGGCUUCAUUUCCUUCCUUAACAUCAUUUGAGGAGAAAUUUAAUGAUCUUGCGACUGCAGAAAAAGUUGAUGAGUUGAAAAAACUUGUUGCUCCUCAUAUGCUUCGCAGACUUAAAAAGGAUGCCAUGAAAAAUAUUCCCCCAAAGACAGAAAGAAUGGUUCCUGUUGAGUUGUCAUCCAUCCAAGCUGAAUAUUAUCGUGCAAUGCUUACAAAAAAUUAUCAAAUAUUGCGCAAUAUCGGUAAAGGGGUUGCCCAACAGUCAAUGCUGAACAUUGUGAUGCAACUGAGGAAGGUCUGCAAUCAUCCAUAUCUCAUACCAGGAACUGAACCUGAUUCUGGAUCUGUUGAGUUCCUUCAUGAAAUGAGAAUAAAGGCUUCGGCUAAGUUGACUCUUCUGCAUUCUAUGCUGAAGAUUUUACAUAGGGAAGGUCACAGAGUUCUUAUUUUCUCGCAAAUGACCAAGCUUCUUGACAUCCUGGAGGACUAUUUGAAUAUAGAAUUUGGGCCUAAAACUUAUGAGAGAGUUGAUGGCUCUGUUUCUGUAGCUGAUCGUCAGACAGCAAUUGCACGCUUUAACCAAGACAAAAGUCGAUUUGUUUUCUUGUUAUCCACCCGUUCUUGUGGACUUGGGAUAAAUUUGGCAACUGCUGACACUGUUAUCAUCUAUGAUUCUGAUUUUAACCCUCAUGCAGAUAUCCAAGCAAUGAAUCGGGCACACAGAAUUGGACAAUCAAAUAGACUUUUGGUAUACCGGCUUGUGGUUCGUGCUAGUGUUGAAGAGCGCAUCCUGCAGCUUGCUAAGAAGAAAUUGAUGCUUGAUCAACUUUUUGUAAAUAAGUCUGGAUCUCAAAAAGAAGUAGAAGAUAUUUUAAAAUGGGGAACUGAAGAACUCUUCAAUGAUUCUCCUGGACUGAAUGGUAAAGAUAUAAGUGAAAAUAGUAUUAGUAACAAAGAUGAGGCAGUAGCAGAUAUCGAGCACAAGCAUCGGAAAAGGACUGGUGGUCUUGGAGAUGUAUACCAGGAUAAGUGUACAGAUAUCGGCAGCAAGAUUUUGUGGGAUGAAAAUGCUAUUUUAAAAUUACUUGAUCGUUCAAACCUUCAAGAUGGUUCAACAGAUAUUGCUGAAGGGGAUUCUGAGAAUGAUAUGCUGGGCUCAGUGAAGGCCAUUGAAUGGAAUGACGAACCAACUGAAGAUCAUGUAGUGGGUGAAUCUCCACCUGAUGGGACUGAUGAUAUGUGUCCAAAUUCUGAAAAGAAAGAGGAUAAUGUGGUUAUUGGCAAUGAAGAAAAUGAAUGGGACCGACUACUGCGUGUGAGGUGGGAGAAAUAUCAAAGUGAAGAGGAAGCAGUUCUUGGUCGAGGGAAGCGGCAGAGGAAAACUGUUUCGUACAGGGAAGUAUAUGCUCCAUACCCAAGUGAAGCGAUGAAUGAGAGUGGCGGCGAGGAGGAAAAAGCACCAGAACCGGAGCCUGAGCGUGAAUAUACACCAGCAGGACGAGCCUUGAAGGCAAAAUUUGCUAAACUCCGUGCUCGGCAGAAGGAACGACUUGCUCAAAGGAAUGCGGUUAAAGAAUCACAUCCUACUGAAGGAUUUCCAGUUCCAGGUAGCGAGUCACAAACGCCUCCUCCUGCCAUUGCCAAGGGUGGGGGGGAUCUAGGAGCUGGACCGGUGCAUUCAGUUCCAGAGGGGCCUUCUAUAAACUUAAAUGACAGCGAAUAUGCUCAACUUUCAGAAGGUCAGAUUAGCAAUGCUGACUCCUUACCAAGGAUUGACAAGCAUCGAAAACACAAAAUGAGGGGUCCCGUUGAUGUUUCUGUCAAUAAUCCAGGUCGUUCUCUACCGGAAAUUUUCCUUCCAAAUCACCAUAAUAAGGGGAGGCUAAACAUGACAAACACUAUGCCCACCAACAAUCUGUUGCCUGUUCUGGGCCUUUGUGCUCCAAAUGCUAACCAAACAGAAUCAUCAGAACGUAACAUUUCGAAGCUAAAUUGGAGACAAAAUAGACAUGGAACCAGACAAGAGUUUCCAUUCAACCUUGCCGCUUGUGCCGGGACAUCCAUGGAUGCUGAGGUCAGAAGUAAGGAAACGGCAGCAAACACCAAACUGUCUGAUGCAUCAACAGAAAACUUACAACAAAAUUUCAAAAAUUGCAUCCUUGAUAACAGUCUCCCAUUCGUUCCGUUUCCACCCUCUGUGCGAGGAAAGGAAUCCGAUGCGUUUGAAAGUUCAAGAGCUAGAUUUACUGCGUUCCAGGAGAAAAUGGCCCUGCCAAACCUGCCAUUUGAUGAAAGGUUGCUGGGGAGGUUUCCACUCACAACUAAGAGCAUGGCAAAUUCACAUAUGGACCUCUUAUCUAACUUGUCAUUAGGAGGCAGACAUGAAGCUUUAAAUGCAGCUAUGCAAGACCUUCCAACAAUGCCAGCAUUACCUAAUUUCAAAAUGCCCCCUGAAGAUUUGUUCAGAUAUAAUCAGCAAGACAUGGAUGUGCCCCCUACUUUAGGUUUGGGACAAAGGCCAACCACAUUCUCAUCUUUCCCAGAAAACCACAGGAAGGUGCUUGAAAACAUAAUGAUGAGAACUGGAUCAGGGUCGAGCAGUUUAUUGAAAAAGAAGUCAAAAUUAGAUGGCUGGUCUGAAGAUGAACUUGAUUCCCUCUGGAUUGGUGUUCGGCGGCAUGGAAAAGGUAAUUGGGAUGCUAUGCUUAGAGAUCCUAAGUUAAGGUUUUCAAAGCAUAAACUAUCAGAAGAUUUAUCAGUGAGGUGGGAAGAGGAACAGGUAAAGGUCUUUCAGGGGCCGCCUUUUCCUGUGCAAAGAUCAUCCAAGGCGACAAAGUCUACCAAGCCUGCACAUUUUCCAAUCUCUGAUGGAAUGAUGGAGAGGGCAUUGCAAGGGAGCAAAUUUCUUUUACCGCCGAAGUUCCAAAACCAUCUGACAGACAUGAAAUUAGGGAGAUGUGAUUCUCCAUCUAGUCUGCCACCCUUCAGAGCAUUGGAUCGACCUAGUUUGCAAAGUGAUCACUUUGCACCUCUUCCAUCUUGGAGUUAUGAUAUGAACAGAGCAAAAUUCCCUGAAGAUGCUCCUGCUGAAACAUCUGAUAGACCAGGAUCUUCAAACAAUGUGCCGACUGAAAGGCCAUUUCUGCUCAAUUCUUUUGGAGCCAGCAGCUUGAGUUCUUUAGGUUUGAAUUGCUCAGGUUCCAUUGGUACACAGCAAAAGGAGGAUGAUCAAGGAAGCAGGAAGCGUGGAAAGUUGCCUGUACGUCUGGAGGGAGCAGCCAAUGAUAUGUGCGAUGACCGCGUUAAUGUAGGCUAUGGCGAAUCUAGUGGCUCAGGAUUGUUAUCGAACCCCAUUAGACCUGAGCUUGUGCACUCAAAAGGAGAGGAGGCAGCUGGAAGCAGUAUGUCAAAAGACAAGCUGCCUCACUGGUUACGACAAGCUGUGACUUCUCCAGCCAAACUUCCUGAUCCUGAGCUGCCGCCUACUGUAACGGCCAUUGCUCAUUCAAUUCGUAUGCUGUACGGAGAAGAUAAGCCCACAAUUCCUCCAUUUGUGAUUCCUGGACCACCACCCUCCCUACCAAAGGAUCCCAGGCGUGGUCUCAAGAAGAGAAAGAGAAAGUUAGACAAGCACAAGCCGGUUCUUCCUGACUCUACUGGAACCAGCAAGGACUUCCAAAGCAGCCACCAUGUUGAUAAUGGUGCUUCAAGCUCAACUCCUUUGGCGCCACCGUUUCCUCUACCUCAGACAGGAACUGCAGCACCUCAGCAGAUUGAACCAGACCUUAACUUGCCUCCACUAAAUUUGGCAAACCCACCACACUCUGCUGUGUACCAUUUGAAAAAGGCAAGCUCAGAACUUUCUCCUUCUCCUGAAGUGCUCCAGUUGGUCGCAUCGUGCGUUGCGCCUGGCCCGCAUCUUCCUUCCGUUCCCAGUUCUUCAUGCAUAGCUUUUGAGGACAUGUUUCCCUUGCCUAGACCUGUUGGCAAAGCUAAAUUUAAGGACUCGGAAGGUGCCUAUAAAAACAUGAAGCCUGGAAAGAUUUCACCAGAAAUUCGGUGCUCACCUCCAGAGGAGCAUCAAGUAGAACAACACCCUGUUAGUGGUGAAUCCAGCAAGACUCAGUCGGAUUCCUCCCAGGUUGAACGGCCUAAUGUAGAGGAGGUUUCAUCUGAAGGGACUGUCUCGGAUCAUGCUGUGAGAGAACAGGAAACAGGCUGUACUCUCUCAGAUAAAGAUGAAUGAAACGUUGUUCUUGCUGCUGAAGCCCUUUCACCAAUGUGCUAGAAUUUUUGUAGGUAUGACAGGGAAAUGAACUAGCAUAUAUAGGAUUGAGAACAUGUAAAGUUUUUCUUCAUGUGAAAUGAAAUAUAGUGUUGCUUGCUGGGUAUUGUUUGUUGCCCUUUUUGUCAAUUCCAUGGCAUUUUUUUGCAACUGGAAUAUAGUAAUUCCAAACAAUCCACAGUACCUGUAUUAGUAUGAAGCAGGAUGGAAACAUCAGUACAGGUUUAACAUAGUACAUGUUCUUGUAUUCAACAAUAGGUAGUUGUGUGGAGUUCAUGCCAUGUGCUUGAAAGAGUUCAGUUCUACAAGUGUUGUAUUUUAGAAUCUAAGAAUCAUGUUCUGUAUGUAAUGAUAUAGAAAACUUAUAAUUUGUUAUUUGACUCCUCUAAUAGAAUUUCAUGUGUCUCAAUGAAAUUUUCUUAAUUUUUGUUUA